GCACGCAUCCAAACAAGUUUUAAAAUGGCGAGUGAUUUGAUUUGGGUGUACUGUCAUUUUUAAAUCUACGAAAAUCAAAUUGUAUAAAUGGCGUAAACAAUUCACUUUACAAAUAUUGUACAUUGUAAAUAGUUUAUUGUAUAGUUAGUGAUAAUAUUUUGUGUUGUGAAUACGAAAUCUUCUGUUGAUUGGUGAUAUAUCAUUUGAGUCGCCGUAUAAGAGGAUUUCUGACAAAAUCGGCGGCUGACUUUUGGAUCUAAUAAGAUUGAAACCAGCGCAAUUACCCUGUGUUUAAGCCUGUUACGUGAUCUAAACUCAAACAGGACCCAAAUGAAGUGGUUGGGUAGUGGUGAAGGAGAUGAAGUUUUAAAAUUAGAAAUGGAAAGAGGACCUCAAAGAACACAAGAUGAUGCUUCAGUUGGCUAUGUCUUUCAACGUCCUCAUGAUCCGGAAUUUCCUACAUUUGCACCCAAACAACUACGUUGGGCAAAUAUGGCUGGAGACGACAGUAUAAUUGAUAAUUCAGAUAAGUGGAAAUAUCCAGUCAACUCUAAAGUGACCACUCCAACUAACCUUACACCUUAUAUGGGUUCAAGUGGAAUGUCCAGUGGUCUUUACGACUUUGAGCAGAAUAAGAACAUUCCUCAGGAGCAUCUUGUAUACAUGUCCAACAUUUCCAACGUUAAUCAAAUACAGAGCGGAAUGUCUAUUCAUCCACCACAAUAUUUGACGCAGACAUUAGCUCAACAAUUGCCUUUUAGACAGCUUCCUCAACAGAUCGCUCCAGCAGCUAAAAAGCUGUGGGGCAUCGAAGGAAAAGAUGCUAAAUCACUAGCAUUGAAUCAUCUGAAUCAUCACGAUGGGGGUGUGUGGAGAGACCCCACUUGGGCAGCACCUGUUGAGCAUCCCAUGUCUGCUUCACUCAUCAACCGCAGAGGAGGUUUUCCUGGAGGGGACACUGGUAGUAUUCUGUCCCCCCGUGGAUCAGACAACGGUGCUGGUUUGGGGGUGAAGAUGGUGGAGUACGUCUUGGGUACGUCGCCGACAAAUAAGGACAUGAGUGGACUGGAGCCCAGAAUGAGAGCACUUCAUUUGGACGAAAAAGACAAAGACAAACCACAGAGUCCAAAGGAGGUCGAAGUUAAUGGACAAGUUUUGCAGAACGGACAGUUGUCCGAAGAUGAUAAAGGAUUCAAAUCUACAUAUUACAGUAGGACGCCUGGCAGCAGACAACCAUCACCGGCCGAAGAAGAACUCAGUAAGAAUAGUAGUAUAUUGGACCCAAGCAUUGUUGUUAUGAAACCGCAGGAGCAAUUACCACAGCAUAUGGCGCACCAUUUACCACCACAUAUGACCCCGCAUCUUGGGGUUACACUUGCCGAAUCUGUCAAUCAGCAGUUUGAGCAUUUCACUGAGCAGCCUCCUCCAAACAGUUAUGAUCAGCAACCACAUCAAGGCUAUCCUCCGCCACCACAGAGCCACCAGGUGGAUAAUGCAGUACUCCAGCAGCAGCAACAGCAGCACAAUUUUGAUGUACAGCAAUUGUUCAGAUCUCAACAAACACAGGCGCCUACACCAAGCGCGGCUCAGUUGCAAUUGUUACAACAACAGCAACAACAGUAUUUGGCACAACAGCAACAGGCUGCCUUCCCACAACCGCCGUAUGUGUUGAAUCCUCAACAGGAUCAACCUUAUCUUAUUACCACUGGUGUUCCACAAUAUUACGGCGUGGGUCCCUGGGUCUAUCCUGCCCCAGCAAACUUGAUACAACAAGGAGCUAGCAAUGGACCAAGAAGGCCGAUCACACCGAAUGGUACGGCUGAGGCUCAACAACAAGUACAGCCUCAAGUACCUGGAGGUUACAUACUCCCUUAUUAUGAUCAGAACACACCUAUCAUCAUGGCACAAGGUGCAGCUAUGCGUAAUGGCACUCCUAUGCGUUUAGUGAGUCCUGCUCCGGUGCUUGUUCAACCACAGGCAAAUAGGCAAACUCCAGCAGGAGCUUCGCUCUAUUCCAAUACACCUCAGAGCCUUUACAAUGCCAAUGUUAAUACUUCGGUUAAUGGCGGUUCUCUAGGAGGUAAAGAAUUAUCAGAAUUGCUUGAAUUGUAUUAUCAAUACACACGUGUGGCACAGGGUGUUGGUUCCGGGCUUUUCCCUGCCCUUCAUGCAGCACCUCCUUCUGCUGCUUUUGGCAGUUCUUCGCUGGGAAAUUUGGGAUCAACAGCUACAACCUCAUCUUUGCACUCAGGUUUGGGUUUGAACACAACAUCCUCUGGUAGAAGAGACUCCUUCGAUCGCAACACAUCUGCUUUUUCGCCAUCUUUGGAUUAUAGACAAAAAUGGCCCACGUCCUACAACAUCGGCAGCAGUCCAAGUCCUCUAACCGGAAGCUUGACCCCCCCACCGGCCCCUUCUCUACAGUUAGGUGGUUUAGUAGCAUCAAGGGUUAUGUCUGCUGCUCCUGGAGCUGAAGCUAAAUAUCGCAAUUCUGUUGCUGCUGGUUUAACAGCAAAUACAAUGUUUGGGUCUACAAGCUCCCUGUUUACGAAAAUUAACAAUUCGUUGGCUGCAGUCCCAAGUACAUUGGACAAGGGACCUCAAGGAAGAUCGAGGCUUCUUGAAGAUUUUAGAAAUAACAGAUAUCCAAAUUUACAACUGAGAGACUUGGCAAACCAUAUUGUGGAAUUCUCUCAGGACCAACAUGGUUCCCGAUUCAUUCAACAGAAGUUAGAACGAGCAACUGCUGCCGAGAAACAGAUGGUUUUCAAUGAAAUACUAUCCGCAGCUUACAACCUAAUGACUGACGUGUUUGGAAACUAUGUAAUUCAAAAGUUUUUCGAGUUUGGAACUCAAGAACAAAAGACCACGUUGGCCCAAAAAGUCAGAGGACACGUAUUGCCUCUAGCUUUACAAAUGUAUGGAUGCAGAGUAAUACAAAAAGCUUUGGAAUCUAUUCCACCAGAACAACAACAAGAAAUUGUAAGAGAGUUAGAUGGGCACGUGCUAAAAUGUGUAAAGGACCAGAAUGGAAAUCAUGUGGUUCAGAAAUGCAUUGAAUGUGUUGAUCCUAAUGCUCUUCAAUUCAUCAUACAAUCAUUUUCUGGACAAGUGUACACACUUUCCACACACCCUUACGGAUGCCGUGUAAUUCAACGUAUAUUAGAACACUGCACACAAGAACAAACGGCCCCAAUUUUGGCCGAGCUACACCAGCAUACUGAACAGCUAAUACAGGAUCAAUUUGGCAACUAUGUGAUUCAGCACGUAUUGGAACAUGGCAAGCCAGAAGAUAAGUCACAAUUGAUAACCAGUGUUAGAGGAAAAGUUCUUAUGCUGAGUCAACAUAAAUUUGCAAGUAAUGUUGUUGAAAAAUGUGUCACCCACGCUACAAGAGCGGAACGAGCUCUUCUCAUCGAAGAAGUUUGUGGAUUUAAUGACAACGCUCUCCAUGUCAUGAUGAAAGAUCAGUAUGCUAAUUAUGUAGUGCAAAAGAUGAUCGACGUUAGUGAACCCACCCAAAGGAAAGUAUUGAUGCACAAAAUACGACCUCAUUUGAAUUCUUUGAAGAAGUAUACUUAUGGCAAACACAUUAUUGCCAAACUUGAAAAAUAUUUCAUGAAAGCCCCAGGGUCGAUGGGCUCUAUCGGAGGAGAACUUGGCCCCAUUGGUCCCCCAACCAAUGGUGUUCUCUAAAUUUCAUUGUUUCACUUUCUUCACUUGAUAUUUUUGAUUAUUUCCAAUUUCCCAAAAUCAUGUGUCAUGUAAUUACGCUUUUUUACACAGAUUUUUCAGUAUUUUUUUCAUUUUAUUUCUUUCAUUUUCAUAUUUAAAUAAUUUCAUAAUGAUUUUACUGUAUGAAGAAUACCGUUAAGUUUAGUUUAUUCGAUGAAAUAUCCUGUACACAUUAGUGAAUAGUUUUUGUAUUAUAGUUGUAAUUUAUAUGAUUUUGUGAUGAAGAAAGCACAUUUCUUGACUUUGAUUUGUUCUUAUAUCCAUUCCCACAGAUUUGAAUAUUGAAUUAUUGUUUUCAGUUGAUCGAUUAAUCUCCUUUUUUUUUCUGAAAAUGGAUGAUGAGAAGUUUAUUUCUGGGAAUGAUGAUAUAUCUAGCAAAAUUUGAGAAUUGUGCACACUCUUUAUUCAUCAUCAAGGUUGUAAAAAAUUUUAAGUUAUGAAUCUCAUUGGAUUCAUUUCCAAUUGGUCCUACCUUUUUUUUUAAUCGGUGCCGCUUUAUUUCUAAAUUUCGAUUCAGCAAUUGUACAUAUAAAUAAUUUAAAGGAAUUAUUUAACUAUGAAGAAUUUGACACUUGUCAUCUUCACUGAUGAUUCUGUUUCUCUUUCACAAUAUUGUGAUAGUACUCAGGAAACAACAAAUUUUCAAAAUCAAAAUUUUCUACAGCGAUUAAAAAAAGGAUUCGAUAAACACUGAUCUUCUAAAAAAUUUGAUUCAAUUCCUAAUGAUUUUACUCUUCUCUGUUUACGCAAGAAAUUUCAUGAAUAACUUUACCCAGAGAUAAAGUUGAAGAUUUUUUCCAAUAUGUAUUUGAAAUUUUGCUUCUAAUUUUUCUUGCAUUUAAAACUUGAAAGUUGCAUUUAAAUAAGUAGUUUAGAUAUUUCUCCAAAUAUUUAGACACAGUUAUUUAUUCUCAGUUUACAACAAUUUCCUUUUUUUUUUUCUCGGAAAGUAAAUUUUUGUUCUUGAAUUGUUGAUGUUUAUUUUAUGGACGUGUGGUAAACUGAGGCGUAGAAAUUUCAAAUUCAACUUUAAUCAAAAUAUCAAUAUAUGCCCUAAAUAUAAAAUCAAUUUGAAAUCACUUUUAAUAGUUAGUUUUAUUUCACGGUUAGUAUGACAAUUUUCUUGUAUUUCUGGGUAGUUUUGAGGUUGAAGGAUUCGAAUUUUUAUUUCUUCAUAUGGGAGGCUUUAUUCAUGUAAAAAAGAAACAGAUCGGUAACAUUAUAUACAGAGUGUCCAAAUUUAACUUGCACAGUGGUCCAGAGACCUUAUGAUCGGAAGCAGUAAAAACACACAUUCAAUUCUUUCAAGACGACACAUUUUUCCUGAUGCUUUAAGGCAUAUACUGAUUUGAUCAAAUUUUUCUCAAUAUUAGCGGAACGUUAGUUGAAAAUAUUGGAACGAUUAUUCUUAGUGAAUUUAUAAAUAUAUGUAGAAUUUGAAAGAGCACCUUUUUUAUUGGGUCUAGUAUUAAAAUUGUAAAAUGUAAUGUAUUGUAAUAAUUGUACAGUUCUCUCAUAAAUUCCAAUCGUAAUAAUUAACCAUAAAAUUGAGGAAUUAGUUUAUUCAAAGCAUUUAUAACUGUAUGUGAUGUGUUUAUAAUUUCACUAAUCAUGUUAUAUGUGUUUCAAAUUUAUUCCCUGACAUACGAACAUCUGUAAUAUCUCUAAUUCGAUACACAACAAUUAGUGUAACAGUUCACCCAAUCGCUUUCUCCAAUAUGGCUGAGUCGGUCACUUGAAAAAAUAGGUGAGUUGAAAGUUAGUUCCAAACACGUUUCAUACAUACUUUAGAAUCUUUUUAUCAUUUGAAAAUUCUUUGAAUGGCGUGAGGAAGGUCCAAACCUUAAUCAUGUGAUUUUUUUUAAAUUCAAAAUGUUUUAAUUCCAUUUCAAAAUGUGUAAUCUCCAAUUUUAGAGAUGGAAAUCAAGUUCUGAACAGCUUUCAAUAAUAUUCUGGCACACUUGUGAAGAACAAUUAUUUCGGAAUUUAUCAAAUUCAAAUUAGUAAUAAUCAAUAAUAACAUUUAUGGACUGAAAUAAAGAGGAAAGAAUUGCGCUAAAGUUGUUUUCCGAACUUGAACCACCUCUUCGAUAAUAUUUCAAAGAAUUCUCAUGACUUUUAUUGACCCAUUGGUGUUUCCAUUGUUGGUUUUCUGUAAUAUUCCUUAUGAUUUGCCAUUUACAACUUAAAAUUUGUUGGGUGGAUUGAUUAAAUUAGGACACCUAUCCAGUCAUCUUUGGUAAGUGUAAAUAGAACUAGCAGGUUUUGUAUUAUAUGUAAUAUAGUUUCGUUUAUAAAUUUUCCAAAACAGCUAUUGGCGAGAUAACUUGAAACAAUUUUGCACUUAUUAGAGAUAACUGCCAUUUCUCCUGAACCGCUUCGGUGAUAUGUGUAUAUAUGUGUUGAAUUCAUUUCCAAACAAAUUUGAAACAGUGUUUAAUAGUGUAAUAAUGUAAAAUAAUUCUUUUGUACUUAGAAAAAUUGUUAUACAUUUCUCUUAUAAGAACAUUUAUAAGGUUCCAUAACAUUGGUUUUUCCCGACAUCAACAUUGGUUGGAUUAAAGCAGUUGUAGGUAUUAUUGCAAAUAUAGUUGUACAUAAAUUUGAACAAAAUAUGAUGGUGCCAUUAUUCUAUCGAUUUAAGAUUAUCCAAGAUUAUAUUCAAAUUUUUCGUAAUAAAAUAAAAUCCUUAUAGGUAACAUGUAAAAAAGAUAUAAUUUUAAAGAAAGAAGCUUGUAAAUUAAAAAAUGCUUGAAUUUAAAUUGAAUUGUUCGAAACAUCAAUAGUUUAAAAUGAAAAAUGUGAUACUUUAAUGAAAUUUUUGGUUGUUUCAGUAUAUUUCUCUUUCAUUAUGGAAGAAAUUUUAUGUAAAUUAUUUUUAAAUUGUUUGAAGAGUAAGAGAUAUACAAAUAUGAGAGUGAAUAAUGAAAAAUCAAUAUAUGGAACCUUUUUAAAAGCGGUGACGGGGAAUAAGGUUGCUAACCUAAAAUUGGCCGAUCGGAUCAAGACGGCAAAGUGGCCUCAGACUGAUGUAAAGAUACUAAAACUGUUGUAAAGUGUAAAUUCCUUUUGGUUAUAUCACCUUUGUAUACUGUAAAAUACAUGUGUAAAGAAAAUCUGUAUAAUGAGCCGUUUUAUUUUUCUUCAAUCCUUUGAAAAUGUAAAAUUGUAAAGUAUGUAUUUUAUUAAAUUCUGAAUUGGAACAUGCAUUAUUCCGAUCGUUUCAUCAUUUGUACUUUAAUGAUGGCAUAUUUGUUGCCUCUUUGUAGUGGUAGCUGGACGGGGAUCACUUAAGUUGUUCACAUUAGAUGGCUCUCUGUGGAUUUACGGCUGUAUAUUUAUAUUUAUUAUGCGAUCUGUUUUAUGGAUGUGUAUAUUUAAUUGAUUAUCAAAUGCAUGUUAGGUUUAUUGGAUAUAUCAAAAUGUAUAAUAAUGUAUUUCGAUUUUAUUAUUUUUUACCACAGUAGUAUAAAUAAAUGAUAAUUCUAUGGA